GUAUCCUUUUACCAGUAUUGGUUCUGCUAUGGGGCGAAGUGACAUUUUUGUUGGGCAACUUUCACCAAGGAGCCGUCUUUUCGUGCAUGACGGCCACACUCAGUCCAACCGUGCCGAACGGGUUCUACACCCUGGUAGACGAAACGGACUGGGAUUUCGUCACGAUGACCGCCGCAGUUGGGGGGAGGGAUUAUGGCGCAAUAGGUUCCAUCCUUCAGCACAGUAUUUUACCUGAUCUUGUCACAAGUGGGAACAAACUGUGGCAAAAAUCGUUUCCCAAGUUGCAUAGAAGAACAAAAUUUCUGUCCGGGAAUAAAUUUGCGACAGGGUACAACAUUUCUCACGGGCUCGACGUACUUUCGACCAACGGAGAACUUGUCAAAGUUAAACCGCCCCUGGUCUUGUUAGAUGUUCGGGAGGAAGUCGAUCUCCUGGUGGAAGGGGUCGCCUUCUUUGCGAGAGAUCUCAUCGUCCUGCGAAACCAUGGUGAGACGCCGUUCAUUUCUCGCGUCCCGUGGAUUUCGCGACGCAAUUUCUUUCACCCCCUCUUUGCCCACGGAUUGGGACGUCUCGUGCAGUCUGGGAUUUACGGGACCAUGGCGCUGACCAAGGUGGAGAGGGAGGUGGCCUUUUCGGAAGCUAAUCCAGUCUCGUGGGACGUCAUGAAGGAGGCAGUUUCGCUUUGCGUAAUGGGUGGACUGAUGGGAUUGACUUGUUUUGGGGUGGAAUUGUUUAGCAAAAUAAGCAAAAAAUGUGGGAUGGAGCAGCAAGUAAAAGAUGAAAUGUUGACCAGGUACCUUCCUUAACCUCGUGGGCACCAAUUAAAUAAUUACGCAUAUUUGUGUAACGAUUGGUGUUCCGUUGCGUUUAAAUAAGGCACAGUUGUAAUUUAUAAUUUACGGCUGGCAACAAAAGUAGAGAUUUAAGAAUUUAAAACAAAUUGAAACACUGGAUCAACUCAAUUGAAAACAUUCAUGGGCGUUUUUACCUUAAUCUUGAACUUUUUUUCAAUGUUUCGGGUGCAACUAACCACCCGCGUAAAAUAACAGCAAGAAAGUGGUUAUCUAAUAAAAAUUUGCGAGUCACACUCACCUCGGGUAACCCUAGUUGAGUUAUCCUACCAAUAAUGGAGUAAAGUCGGAUGAGGAGGAAGCGUGUCAAGAUUUUUAAACUCAUGACAAUGGUUAGUGGCCGCGGAAUCAAUGGGGGGAGGUAAUAUUGCAGGAAAAGAGGGAAGUUGGGUUAGGUUAGGUUUAGGAGCUAAUAUGUAUAACAUAUGUAAACAGCAAAAAAACUAUUAAAUAUUUAAUUUUACGCAUA